GCCUGCGACUGCGAGCGUAUCCUCCAGCGGAGACUGCCGGCACUACAGCAGAGACUGGCCGAGUAGGAGACAUGGCGUGGAUCGCGACAGUGCUGCUUUUAGUGAUGGUGACAACCUCCAGCGCAUCUGUUAUUGGCAUACCACCGGGAACCUCCACGUCGCUGAGAGAUGGUGGAGUGUCGGUCUCUUUCGAAGACUACAGGGAUGGCCUACACACGGGGUCCGGAAGCCCCGACGGAGCCAGCGCGGCGGCUGGGCUAAUGGAGGACGCUGCAACUGACGGUCUGGGCUACAUGUCCGGUGUCCGACUCUACACUGGGGCGGCAGAGAGUGACAGCGGCUUCGGCGCCGCGGCUAGACGAGCUGGAGAAGAAGCUGCCGGGGGCGGUCGCAGGGUGGUCCGUCAGAAACCUCCAGGCACAGUGUACGACCAUAUUUUCAACAUCCCAAAGACGGUGCUACGUUCCGUGAACCAGGGGCUGAACAACAGACAGGAUGAAGAAGAAAAGUUUCCAACUUCUGAUGAGGAAGUUCAAGAUUAUGGUGAUGAUGAAUAUAGCGAAUAUGAAGAAUAUCAUGAUGAUGGAGAAUACAGUGAUUAUGAAGAUUAUGAUGCUCAUAAAGAAGAUAAUGUGGACAGUCGUCUGUGGCAUCUGUGCAAUCUACAAUGGGUGUGCAGAUGCCAAGAUGCAGCAAUGAGGUGGAUGGAUGUAGAUGGCAGUCACUCGCAUCCAACAGCAACGGCAGAAUCAGAAGAAAAAACCUGGACUGUGAAAGAAAAAUGA